AUGGAAUUAAUUGAUGAUGUCAAAGCUCGGUUUGCCACAAUGAGAGAGAGAUGUUGGAAUAGCUUAUUCGCUGAUGUCCAAGAACUUUGUGUUGCUAGAGGUAUUCCUGUUCUAAAUAUGGAUGACGAAAUACCGGUUCGGGGUUGUUCAAGGGUAGAAGGGAGGACUAUCACUAAUCUUCAUCAUUACCGUGUAGAUAUUUUUUAUGUUGCUAUUGAAAAAAUAUGUGUGGAGAUGGAUCACUGCUUUAGUGAAGGAAGUAACAUUAUCCUUGAUUGCUUCUCAUGUCUUGACCCCAAGAACUCCUUCUCCAAGUUUGAUGUUGAUAAGCUUGCUCGUCUUGCUGAUAUUUAUAAUACAGACUUUUCUAAUGAUGACCGCGGAACAAUAAGGGAUCAACUUGACACUUAUGUUCUUCAAAUGGUCCAAACUAAGAAAUAUUUGGUAUUUCCAUUGGUUUACAAACUUAUUGAGUUAGCUUUGAUAUUGCUGGUGUCUAUAGCAUCGUGGGAGAUAUUCAAGUCACUUGAUGAUAUUGAUAUUAUUCAAACUUUCACCGCAAAAAAAGUCUCGGAAAGGACAUUUGCCUCGUGA